GACCGGAUCGAUUCUGGUGCUUUAGUUGAAUAGAAACUGGAAGAGAAGCGAGAGGAGAAUUUGAUGGCAAUCGCGGCAGAGAGAGAAGAAACGUGUUUGGAUUGUGCAACAAUUGGUGAUUGGAAUCGUUGAAUUGUGAUAUUGCUGGCUUUGGUUCUCAAAUGAACAAAGACGAAAACGAUCGGAACGAAAAGAAAGCGAAUGAUAUCAAGCUUUGGGGAGUUUUCCUCUUUGGAUUACUCGGCGCCGCCGUCACUGCCUUCUCCCUGUCCAGGUCGCAGUCAAGAGGAGCGAGUGGCAGUUCUUUUCGAUCAUCAUUCCAAGAAGAAGCAUGGAAGAGGUACAAUAAACGACUGCAAGAAGAGUAUGAGGAGGAGGUGGAGAGGGUGGAACGUAUAAAGCGCAUGCAAAGUGUGUUUAAUAGAGAAAGGGAUAAGCGUAGAAGAAGCUACGAGAACUGGAGGGGAAGUGGUGGUGGUGCAGAUCAUCAACAUUUUCAAAGAGAUGAUUGGUAUUGGAAGGCCGAAGAAUCCUUCAGAGAGCAGUGGGCAAAUUAUCAACACACUCCAGGAGAGAGCAGAAACUAUUCACUAUCACAUCACUACUCAGUUUUGGGUCUUGACAGGUGCGAAGAGAAGAAAGAGGAAGGUGCAGUGGCCGGCGAGGGUGAUGUCAUGAUCUGGUGGAGAAGACAAACAUGGUUGAUGCACGAGGAAGCACAAAGGAGAUUGUGAUUUAGGGUUUCUUCGUGGCAGUGUGAUUUGGUGGUUCAUGGUGGGUUUGUGUUUGAUUGGGUUUCUGUGGUGGUGGCAUAGAGGUUUCGCAAUGGCCGCAUUGCAGUGGUUGUGAAAGGAUUCUCGGUUUAGGUUUUCUAGUGAAGAGAUUUGGUAGUUUUCUGGUUCUUUGAUUCACGAUUGGGUGGUUGAACGAAAAAGAUAAUGGUGGGGCAUGGAGGAGAUGCUCUCAGUGGUCUCGUGAUUGGGUUCGCAUUCCCUCUGGUUCUGUUUCUGGGUUUGUACUGGUUUUUGUGGUUACUUGCAGGUCAAAGGUUAUUGGUGGUUCAGGCACGGUGGUUCAGGCACGGUGGUGGCGCGGUGGUUGUUUUUGGGUUUUCAAGUUGAUGGUGGUUGACCGUGGAGUUUGGGUGACGUGAUUUAGGUUUGCGAUGAUGAAGGUUGAACGCCAUGGUGACUUCGUGAUUUUCGGCACGAUGGAUGUUGGUGGCCCAUGGUUGCCGGCGGUGUGGUAUAUAGGAGAAUUAGGGUUUCUGAUUUUUGGUGAUGAAGGUGGAGAUGACGUGGCACAUAUCAUGAUAUGAUGCGUUCUGGUUGGUCCAUCGAGCGAUUUGAUGUUACUGUAUUCCCUUUUCUUUCUUUUAUUUAGUAUAUUUUUACGCUUGUUUUGCCAUAUCAUCACAAUGUUUUGUCACAUCACCACACUGUUAAUAUUGUUACUUAAAAAUUAACGAAAUGGACUUGAUGGAUGCACAUUAAACGAAUUGUGGAUGAAAUUGAUACUUUUUUAAAAGUGGGAACCAAGUAGACACUCUAUCCUAGGGACUACCCGAGUAAUUAAACCUUGAAAA